CAGAAUCAGUCAGCAGAUUGUAUUGUUGUUGAAAUAAGUCACUACUUGUUUUGUAUACAUAGCAACACUUGUAAAAUAGUGCCAGUGUUUUCACUUCGAUGGAUAAUGAACUCGAAAAGAUUCGUUCGUACUUGUCAGCGAGGCAUUUUCAUGCUUCAAGAGAAUGGAUAGAAGGAUGCGUUAGCUACUUCAGAGAGCAGCAUGAAGGAGAAAGGUACAAUUACUCUGAAAUGCAGGAGUUUGUGACACAGCAGUGGGAGUUGGCAGACCUGAGGGAAAUAAGCCCAGGCUGUCUUCCCCCAAACCUGGCUCUGCAGAAGAAAACUGUGCUCACUGGCAAGUACAGUCUUCAGGUUGAAUCAAUGUGCGACAUUGCAAAAUCAUUUUACUCACAGCUCCAGGCAAUUCGAAAUGUGCCACUUGAAAAUGUUAAAGCGACUGAAAAGCAAAAGGAGUCAUGGGAACCAUCUGCAAAGAGGGUGCUGCAGUUGAUGCUUUGUGAUGGAGUGCAAGAAAUAAAAGCUAUUGAAUACAAGCCUGUAAGAGCCCUUGACCAACAGAUUGUUCCAGGAUUCAAGAUACUCAUUAUUGGACCAGUGGAUUGUCGCAGAGGAAUUAUCAUGUUGGAAGAACGCAAUUUGCAGCUAAUUGGUGGAGAAGUUGAUUCACUGCUUGUACCGAAUGCACUAGAGAAUAUUUUGGCAAGGGCACUGAACCUUGAAGAAAAUCCAGAUCCUUACAAUUGCCAGACUGAUACUCCAGCUCAGAACAGCAUUCGAACAACAAAUGAUCAACCAGCAAACAUUAGGCAAAGAAAUGAGGCUGCAUUCCUUGUUGAAGAUGAUGACGAUGAUAUAUUUGCCCAGGAAGUGGAUGCUCAGUUGAAGCAACUGGAAGAGCAACAGCAGAAGGUGGAACAACAUUCACAAAAUGCUAGAAAUGUAAAUGACAGGGUAGAACAGGAAGUUGAUGCAUUUGAAGAAGCUUACCAGAGAGAAAUGGAGAUGAUGGACAUGGAUGAUGAUGAUAUAGAAACAAUAGAACAGCAGCCAUUGUUUGCUGUAGCUAGUAAGCCUACUGUUUCAUACAAUCAAAACAGUACCUCAAAGAGAAGUAAUCAAGGCAAUAAUAGCAUAGCACUAGAAACAGAGCUUCUUGAAGAUGAUGACAUUUUCCUUAAUGUCUCAGAUGCUGACCUUGAACCAACUCCAGAGCUAAACAAAAGUAUAGAAAUUGUAGAAGAUGUAAAGACUACCACAAAUGUGGGUGGGGGUGCAGGGCCCAGCAGGGAACCUGAGGUUAUAUCUCUUUUAGAUGAUUCAAAUGUUGAUGACAGUUUCUUCAUGCAGCCUGGUCUGAGUGGUAUUACACCACGAACAUUGCCUCUUUCCUCUAAACUGCAAAAGGAAAUUGGUGGCAGGAGUCAGAAGCCGCCUGCAAAGGCAAAGCCAGUGAACUUGAAAAGUGCUAAUCAAGCAAAAAUCAGUUCCUUUUUUAAUAGAGAUUCUUCUUCAACAAAUAGACAACAUUCUGAAUCAUCCAAAGUGGAUUUUCAUUAUGCUGUUGAGAAACAUAGUAAGGAAGUGCCUAGAACAGCUCAGACUCCACUGCUGCAGGAUCCUGUACAUUUAGGAAACAUUUCUGAUUUUGUUGAUGACCUGUUCAGUGAACCUACAUUUCCAGAUCACAGCCAUACAUCCACAUCUGCUGUUAGCAAUAUUGAGGAAGAGUGUCUGGUGAUUGAUAGCAAACCAUUUGUUUAUAUACAACAAAUAAAAGAUGCAAAACUAACUACACCUGCUAUAUACACUGUGAAGGGGUUUGUUUUGUCUUUGACAUCCUUUCUCAAGACAAAAUUUGAUGGUUGGUACCUAACGGCAAAGCUGUGUGAUGGAUCAGCAACAUUGGAUGUUCAGUUUUCCUCUGAUGUGCUGGAUAAUUUUAUUGGAUACAGUCUUAAUGAAGUUAAAGCAAUGAAGAAGGAUGUAGACAAAAAUCCUCUUAUUAAAGAGAGAUUGAACAAGGCUCUCCAGAAAGCACAGCAGCAGUUGAUUGAAUUAAAUGCACUUUUUACUCUUUCAUUUGACCCGGAAAGUGAUUUACCAUGUGUAACAAUGGUAACAGAUUUGAAAGAAGAGCAUCUCAAAGCACUGAAAGCAAGAGUGCGUAUUGCGCAGUCUCUAAAACACAGUUGAUGAUGCUGACAGCAUAGAUGUUUAUCCUCUGGGCAUUUUUAUGCCUGUGUGUCUUGGAAGAUACGUCUUCUCGAAGAAAGCAGUGAAACAAGUUCUGUAGUGUCGCCAAAAAGAAGAGGGGGCAGCAGAAAUCACAAAGAGGUUCAGUUUUAAACAAGAGUACGUAAGUGAAUAAAUCCAUUCAAGCAUAUGUUGGAGAUGGAAGUAGUUACGCUACAUCUGAAUUUGUGGAUUUUUCAGCUGUCAUAUGCAUUCUACAUAAUUAAGAGUAUUAACUUUCAAGAGUUUUUUUUGACAUAAAUAGAUUUUAUGUUAGAAAAGUGUGGAAUGAGUUAGUUGGAACUGACUCUUGAGUGUAGUGAAAGAAUAGGCUGCAUCAAGAGCACGACUCAUGGCCUGAGAGGUGCUAGAAGUGGUGUAGUGCAUCACGAAUCAUCAUACCAACAGCCACAAUUUUAAAUUGAAACUCCUCAAAGUAACAGUUAAUUACUGUCAACAUUUAUAGUGUUUAUGGUGCCAUAUGAUCAUAUGUAAUGAAAUGAUGAUUACCUAUAUGUGGGACAGAAGAAGAGCAUGUAUAUAUAUCAACUUCUGUAACAAAAGCAAAUGGGAAAAUGCUGACAAAAACACAAAUUUGAAAAUGUAUUGAAGAUCUA